AUGGAAGAGGAGCUGAAAUGUCCCGUGUGCGGCUCGCUGUUUCGGGAGCCCAUCAUCUUGCCCUGCUCGCACAAUGUCUGCCUGCCUUGCGCCCGAACCAUCGCCGUGCAGACGCCAGAGACCGAGCAGCACCUGCCCGCCAUGCUGCACCCCCGGGGCCCUGCGGCAGCGCCGGGGGCCGGGGCCGGGGCCUCCGGACCAGCCUCUCUCGACUACGACUGCGGGGCCGGAGGGGGGAGCGGAGCAGGUGGAGGGGGCGGCGGAGGCGGCGUGGAUCAUGCGGACAAGCUGAGCCUGCACAGCGAGACCGACAGCGGCUACGGCUCCUACACCCCGAGCCUUAAGUCUCCCAACGGGGUGCGGGUUCUGCCCCUGGUGCCGCCUCCUCCGGGCUCCUCCUCGGCGGCGGUAGCCUCUCGGGGUGGAGGCACCAGCUCCUCGCUGACCUGCCCGCAAUGCCAUCGCAGCGCCUCGCUGGACCAUCGCGGCCUACGCGGCUUCCAGCGCAACCGGCUCCUGGAGGCCAUCGUGCAGCGCUACCAGCAGGGCCGGGUCGCCGCCUCGGCCGCCGCCAAGUGCCAGCUGUGCGACCGCAGCCCCCCCGAGCCGGCCGCCGUUAUGUGCGAGCAAUGCGAGGUGCUCUACUGCGCCUCUUGCCAGGUCAAGUGCCACCCGUCCCGGGGGCCCUUUGCCAAGCACCGCUUGGUCCCUCCGCCCAGCCAGCAGGGAGCCCCGGGCGGAGCGAGCGGCGGAGCAGCUAGUGGCGGCGGGGGCAGCAAAGCGCCCGGGGCUGCCCGCAAGCCCCCGACCUGCGCGGAUCACGAGCUGGAGAACUACAGCAUGUACUGCGCGACGUGCCGGAGUCCCGUCUGCUAUCAGUGCCUGGAAGAAGGCAAGCACGCCAAGCACGAGGUGAAGGCUUUGGGGGCCAUGUGGAAGCAGCACAAGGCACAACUGUCUCAGGCUUUAAAUGGCAUUUCAGAUAAAGCAAAGGAAGCAAAGGAAUUUCUGGUUCAGCUGAAAAAUAUACUACAGCAGAUACAGGAAAAUGGCUUGGACUAUGAAGCCUGUCUGGUGGCUCAGUGUGAUGCCUUGGUUGACGCUUUGACUCGUCAGAAGGCAAAACUGCUCACAAAAGUUACCAAAGAGCGUGAACACAAGUUAAAGGUUGUUUGGGACCAGAUAAACCACUGUACUAUGAAACUCCGCCAGUCUACAGGGCUUAUGGAAUAUUGUCUUGAAGUAAUCAAAGAAAAUGACCCUUCUGGAUUUUUACAGAUUUCAGAUGCUUUAAUCAAACGUGUUCAAGUGUCUCAGGAGCAGUGGGUCAAAGGAGCUCUGGAACCCAAAGUAUCUGCUGAAUUUGAUCUCACUCUGGAUAGCGAGCCAUUGCUGCAGUCAAUUCAUCAGCUGGACUUCAUUCAGAUGAAAUGUAGGGUGCCUCCAGUCCCACUCUUGCAGCUGGAGAAGUGCUGCACUCGAAACAACAGUGUGACUCUCGCCUGGAGGAUGCCACCUUUUAGCCAUAACCCAGUGGAGGGUUACAUCUUGGAACUCGAUGACGGAGACGGUGGCCAAUUCCGAGAAGUGUAUGUUGGUAAGGAGACCCUAUGCACUAUUGACGGCCUUCAUUUCAACAGUACAUACAAUGCAAGAGUCAAAGCCUUUAAUUCAUCAGGAGUGGGCCCUUAUAGCAAGACGGUUGUUUUACAGACUUCUGAUGUGGCCUGGUUUACAUUUGAUCCCUCUUCAGCCCAUCGGGACAUAGUCCUUUCCAAUGACAACCAGACUGCUACUUGCAGUAGCUAUGAUGACCGUGUCAUUCUGGGCACAGCAGCUUUCUCAAAGGGAAUCCACUAUUGGGAACUGCAUGUAGACCGUUACGAUAACCAUCCAGAUCCAGCCUUUGGAAUUGCUAGAAUCAACGUCGUCAAGGACAUGAUGCUAGGAAAGGAUGACAAGGCAUGGGCUAUGUACGUUGACAACAACCGCAGCUGGUUCAUGCACUGCAAUUCUCACACCAAUCGAACAGAAGGGGGUGUUUCAAAAGGUGCAACUGUAGGAGUUCUUCUGGACCUCAACAAGCACACCCUGACCUUUUACAUAAAUGGGAAACAGCAGGGACCUCCAGCAUUUGAAAAUGUGGAGGGAGUCUUCAUGCCUGCAUUAAGCCUCAACCGAAAUGUGCAGGUGACUCUGCACACAGGACUUGAGGUACCUCAGACUGUCAGACCACCAAAGCUGCCGAGCAACUGAGCUCCUCUUACGUAAAUCUGAGCUGGAUUUUAUAAUCUUUCUAAAUAGAUUUUGGCAUAAAUAUAUACAAAGCAUUCAUAAUUUAGAUCAAAAUCAGAAUUGGUUAUUAGAGUUAAGUAACCUAACACUGUUUUUUGUCUACAUGCAUUUCAAAAUGUUACAACCUUCUGAGAGUGCUUGCAUCACCAAAUUUCCCGUGCAUUAGCAAUGCGUGAAACCUGAUUGGUCUGCCCAUCUAAAGUCAAUGGAUUUUCUUAAUAUAAAAAAAUUGCCUCAUUUUCCUUUUCAUCCAUUUUUCCUUUAGCCACUCAUGUGGCACGCGCCAGAGAAAGUGAAAAGUACUUUAUCACCAUUGAUUAGACUGGGAUUAAAUUCAUUGUUGUUCUUGUUUUCCAUUCUGGUCUCUGAGUUUGAUGUACUGAUGUGCAUGAUAAAGGUCCAAAUACUGUAGGUACUGUUUGGGUAAAAGGACCCAGUCCCCCACUGGUGGGAUUUGGACUAAGUGAUGCAUCCUCCAGAUUUGGGCAGGAUGAAACAGGAAUGAAAUUGUUUGUGAUCCCACUGAGGUCAGUAGCAUAAUUCUCAGUGAGUCCACUGUGAGCAAGGACUUAAUUUUUAAAGCAAUAUAUGCUGCAGGCCUCAAACUGAUUGCUGCAGAGUAGUGCUACCAGACCUCU